ACGUGGAGACUGAUCCUAAAUUCCCAUUGGCUCAGAGGAUGUCCCCGCCCCACAGUUUGUCCUCGUCUCACCUGGUUUUCGUCUCUUUUCUCCACAGUCCGUCUCUCUGUGGAGAAAAGAGCUCAUCUACCUUCAGUCCAGCAAAGAGGAAUACACCACCGCUCACCAUGUUCACUGUACUGUCCCUGCUUCUACUGGCAGGAGCACACAGCGCGACGGCACGGAUUCACUCUCUGAAGUUUUUCCUCACUGGGUCCUCUCAAGUCUCAAACCUUCCAGAGUUUGUGGCUGUGUGUUUGGUUGAUGAAGUUCAGCUAGGUCAGUAUGACAGCAACACAAAGAAAGCAGAACCCAAACAGGACUGGAUGUUAAACGCAACUGAUUCACAGUUCUGGGAGAGUCAGACUCAGAUUGCUUUGGGUGAACAGCAUUUCUUCAAAGCCAGCAUUGAAAUGUUACAGGAACGCUUCAACCAAACUGGAGGUCUUCACAUUUACCAGGUGAUGACUGGAUGUGAAUGGGACGAUGAGACUGGAGAAGUUAAAGGUUUUAAUCAGCAUGGUUAUGAUGGAGAAGACUUCAUUGACAUGGAGACAGAGACGUGGAUCGCUCCAACACCACAGAGUGUCAUCACCAAACUGCAGUAUCAGGAUAAAGCUCGACUCGCAUAUCUUAAGAACUACUACACCCAGGAGUGUCCUUCCUUUCUGAAGAUGUUCCUGGAGCACGGGAGGAGCUCUCUGCUGAGAACAGGAAUUCCCAGGAUUUCUCUCCUCCAGAAGUCUCCCUCUCCAGUCAGCUGCUACGCUACAGGUUUCUACCCAACAGAGUCAUGUUGUUCUGAGGAAAGACGGGAGGUUCAUGAGGAUCGUGACCUCGGAGAGGCUCCCAACCAUGACGGGACCUUCCAGAUGAGCGCUGACCUGAAGGUUUCAUCAAUCCCUGAAGACGGGAGGAGGACGACUGUGUGUUCCAGAUCUCUGGUGAAGGAGGACAUCGUCACCAAACUGGACAAAGACUCAGUCGAGUCCAACAGAGAAGAUGAGUCGAUGAAAACAGAGAAGCCCACCGACGUGACCACCAUCAUCAUCAGCACUGCAGUGGUCGCUCUCGCUGUCGUCAGCGCUGUCAUUGGACUCAUCGUGUACAGGAGGAAGAAAGCCCAAUGUACCUCACCUGCUGUAAAAGAUCCAGGUGCCUUAGAGCCGCUGAAAUCAGGUGAACGAGGUUCUAAUUCUCCAAGUGAGACGUCCUCCUGAACACAGUUGAUGGACGAGAAGCAGUGUCACCACAGUCUCCCCCUUACGCUGGGAACUCAUUGAUUAUUCAUCACUCAAAUCAUAAACUGAUAUUCAGGGUCAGACAUUGAUUGAAAUACAAAUAAUACAAAUUUUU